AGAAGUUCAGUCCACUGUCGGUCAGAGAAGCGGGUUAUAAUUACUGCAAGGGUCUCUACUUCUGCUCUGUGUCAUCACUUCUAAUAGAACGGCUGUGGUUUGAGCUUUUUGGAAAGAAUACGGAUGAUGGAGACAUUAGUAAAUCUCCUACUGCACUCGUGGCAGGCGACUGAAGCUCUGGUGCACCUGAACAAGGCCAGAGGAGACGGUGCGUGGGGAGAACCAGCGGUGGAUCUGACAUGUCUUCGGAGGAGAAGGACAAAAGCACACGAGUUCCUCCGUCCUGAGUGAGUCUCCUCUGAUUGGCCAAUCAACCAUGAGGCGUUCAGGAAUUAUGGGGAAACAAUGUAGCAUUUGCAGGCGCUGAAGUACCUGUAUCAUAACGGAUCCUGUGGAAGAACACACAAAGAUUGUGUUUGAGAGCAGACGAGAAGCUCCAGCCGUCCUGAGCCAUGUCCGUCUCCGACAGCCCUGCGUCCUCCAUCUGUAUGUUUGCGCUCCAUCAUCAGUCGUCCAGCUCUCCGGCCGGCGCUCUGAACCCUGACCCCAGCAGCAUGAGCGGUCAGAUGUCUCAGAUGGACACAGGUGUGUACGGUCAGCCCAUGGUCUUCCCCAAGACUCCAGACGGCCGGAGCAUGGAGCAGAUGAUGGGCUUCGAGCCGUACUCCUCGUGUCUGACCCCCAGCAGCUCUGAACGAGCAGCGCAGCAGAACCAGCAGGAUUUUUCGCAGUUUCUUCUGCCGCCCCCAGCCUCCACCCUGCGGCCGAUGGGACAGAAGCGCGGCCCGAGCAAAGACAGCGUGGAGUACCGUCUGCGUCGAGAGCGCAACAACAUCGCGGUGAGGAAGAGUCGCGAUAAAGCGCGGCGUCGGAUCCAGCUGACCCAGCAGAGGGCGCUACAGCUCCAGGACGAGAACCACAACCUACAGCUGCACAUCCAGCGUCUGUCGCACGAGGUGGAUUCACUCAGACACUAUCUGUCACAGCGCCACCUACAGGCCAGAGAGCAGGACACCGCUGGAGACUGAAGGUUCUGUCAGUUGGGAUUGGCUUUGUGAUUUUUUUUUUGGAUAGUUUCAUGUAAAUGUUAUAAUAUCGAACCGUUCGGUAUGGUAUCAAUGGUUCAGUGUGCGCUUCUGAAUUCCAGUUUUGCAUUUGUUGGUUUUAUUUCUCCCAGAAUUGGCUUUGUGUUUGUGCUCACUUUUAAAGUGCAUUAAAAAAAGAAGCACACGCCGAGCAUCUAAACCUGUUUUCCAACAAUAGAAGACAUUAUAACUUGUUUUUACAUCACUCUUCGUUUUGUGAUCUGAUGUGGCUGAAAAUAUAAGCCUGUUCUAUACUGUAAUAAAGAAUAGAAAUGGUUAUGAGAUGCCUUGAGCAUUUAGGCAUUGUAGUUUGAGGUUUUCUGAUUUGAUUUAAAUAAACGGUUACAUUUUUUGACUCGUGGAAAUUUUUGUGCUUU